AAAGUAGGCGGUUACGACAUUUCGUAACACCACAUAAGAAAUUCUUAGGAGAGAAGGGCAUCCCCAAAGCGAGGACUACGUCAUCGCUUGUGUGCAUACUGCAAAUGAUGAGUCAUCAUUGUUGUGUUCGCGUUCGUGGAUAAUCUUUUUCAAGGCGCUUUAUUUUGAUUUCGUUGCUGUAUGUCAUAAGUGAACUGUCAAAAGAAACUUCGCAGUGUUUGAUAGAUACGCGGAAUUGCAAACAGUUUAACUUGUUGAUCAUUUAGAUAAUAAGUACGUGUUGUGCAAUUACGUAAAUCACAUUCUCGUGUAUCUCGGACUGUGUGAAUCUGAACUAAUGACGAUGAAGUUGGAAAUCAGUGAUAGUCACUCGAACCAAUCUGAUUUCUCUUGCGAUAGCCAGUCUUCGCAGGGGUCUUCAACAAAUGAUUUUGUUUCGUCAGUUCCAACGUCCAGAUCCUUGCUUACGUUGGCGAACCUCGAGGGCCUCCAGUCGGGGGUCCCGACUCGCACAACGGCCACCAUCACGCCGACGCAACUGCGCAACUUCGAGCAGACUUACAUCGAGCUGACCAACUGCCGCAGCGAGCCCACCACGCACGCCGGCUUCGUGCCGCCGUCAGUCACGCACGCCAACAACUACGGCAUCCUGAAUCCGACGGCGUAUUGUGAUUCGGGCCCGACGACGGCGCUGCACGUGUCGCCGGGCCCGCUCUCCGCCAGCGGCGACAGCAGCAGCAGCCCCGGCCUGCCCACGCCCAAGCGGCGCAACAUGGGCGGCCGCCGGCCCAACAAGGCGCCGCAAGAACUCACGCCCGAGGAAGAAGAGCGCAGGAAGAUCCGCCGCGAGCGAAACAAAAUGGCCGCCGCCCGUUGUCGCAAGCGCAGACUCGACCACACCAACGAGCUGCAAGAGGAAACCGACAAAUUAGAGGAAAAGAAGCAUGCGCUCCAGGAGGAAAUCCGCAAACUGAACGCUGACCGGGAGCAGCUGCAAGUGAUCCUUCAGAACCACAUGGUAUCUUGCCGGCUCAACAAGAGAUCCAUCAGCCCGCCCGAUGUGAAGCCCUUCCAGGACCCGUACGCCUACCCUGAGAUACCCGAGGAUGGCGUCCGUGUCAAGGUGGAAGUGGUCGACCCCUCAGUAGACACGGUCUUAGUGUUGGACAAUAUUUACUCAACGCCGCCGACUGACAAAAAAAUUAUGCUGUCGUCGGCCAACCCAGCCGUGGUGACAAGUGGGUCGCCCGCCGCCCUGGAGACCCCGCCGGCGAUAGUGCGUCCCAACAGACCCAACUCCCUCCAGGUGCCGCUCAGCCUCACACCAGCACAGUUACACAACAACAAGGCGCUGGGAAACAACAAAAUAGCCGGCAUAGAGAUAAGCACGCCGAGCAACGGCAUCCCGUUCAACUUCGAGAGCCUGAUGGAGGGCGGCACGGGGCUGACGCCGGUGCACGGCCACGCGCUGCCGCUGCCGCACCCGUGCGCGCAGCAGCAGCGCGCCGCGCCCGACGCCUCGCCCGCCGAGCCGGCGCCGAGCUCGCUGGUGAGCCUCUGAUCGCCGUCGCCUGCGCGUGCGCCGCUCCCCGCGCCGCUCCCCGCGCCGCUCCCCGCGCUGUUCCCCGCGCUGUGCGACUGAAGCUCUUCGUGAACUGACGAGUUUAUUAAGGACUGCGCCUAUUUAUUCGACGAUUCGGUCGUUCCUUUCGUUUUCCGACCUUCGUUCUGUCGUCUUUCUUCUGUCCCGAUUAUGUAUUUAUUGAGCUCCGUAAGUGACGUCUUGCUCAUUUCGCGCUUUGUAUUUAUAAUGUUAUUUCGUAGUCUGGUAAUGUUAGUGAAACGGCCCGAUGGCGCCGGCCUGCCGAAGUCAAUUCGUGAGCUGUUUUAAAAGUUCUACAGAAUAUUUUUAUAUGAAUAGAUGUAUUCAGCAGAUAUGAUAAUAAUAAUUGUGAUGUAAAAAUAAAACAGAGUUUUAUUUGAAGCAUUUCGAGAUUGUCGUUGGUGUUGUGCAUAUGAUCAUAUCUAGCGACGCUAGACUUAGUCGGUGCGUUUUGUUGUGAAUUUUAUGUAAAACAAUCUCUUACGCUUUGACCGUGGACUUUUCGGCACAAAACGUUUGUAUACCCUCGAAAUAUCUUGUCAUAAUAAACCUCGUGCCAUUUGCUAAGUCUACUCUCGGGAAUAUGAUGACGAGUAUGGAAUAAUUAGUUAACCAUAAACUAACAGCAAUACUUAAAUGAUUAAUAUAUUGAAUAUAAGUUAGCUCAAUGUCGAUGUAACGUCUUACCGUUCCACGUACUGGUAGUGUAACGUUAUUGUUAAGCCUUUUGUGAUACGUCCAGUGAUGUGAGGCGCUGGGCCGAUGGCCGCGGCCACUUCGUGUUUAAGUUUUGUAUUACUCAUGCCUGUUGCCUGUUGCCAUCACUCAAGGAAUCACCUCGGUACUGUGUACUCGUGCAUUUCUACAAACCCAAA